AUGUACUUUAGCCUUAGGUCUGGGUCGAAAUUGGACCUGAGUUUGCCAGGUGUCCAAUUUGGAAGGGCAGAUGCUGCUGCCGUAUCUCAAAUUAUCAGACAAUGUGGACGCAAUGGUAAACCAGGCCUCACCGUUUUCUACACUGAAAAGAGACGUCUCCAUGGAAAGAACUCGGUGUCAGAUUUUGAAGGCCUGAAGGAGUUUUCUGAUGAUGAUCUAAUGGAUGGGUUGGCUGUAACUCCAGUCUGCUUGCGGAUUGCCUUGACUUUGAGUAACCUGCUGAUUCCUCCUCUACAUAGACUUGGAAGAAUUCCCAUGAGUGACAACAAAGAAAUCUAUGUAGAAGAGAAACUUCAGCAAGAAAAAGGCGGAAUGUGUGCCUGCCAUUGCUCAAAUUGUGAGCCUGAAGUAUGCAGGAAGUUGGCUGCACAAAUGAAAUGGCUUACCAUGGCCAACUUCAAAGCUGGACUUCAAAAUCCGGAUAUUCUGCCACAUUUGGAAGUUGCCGCACCAAUGGCUUCUUGGGAUACUGUUGAAGACAAGAAUGCCGAGGUUGAUGCACCAAUGUUCAAUCAAAACCCCCAGUGUCCACCACCUCGCCGUAAUGAACUGAUCCAGCUGGCUGACCUGCUCACUCUGACAGUCAAGCAACACCAUCAAAGAUUGAUGACUAACGCCAAUCAGCUAAGGCCAACAGAUUACGUGGAUGAUGAUGACAUCUGGAGGGCAAAAACUCUUGCUAGACUACAGAAGCAACAUGAAGAACAACAAGCAAAAGAAAGAGACGCACGGGUCCUGAAAGAAGCAAAAAGAAAAAGAAAUAAGAUUGAUGAUGUUGCCAAGAAGGAGGAAAAGAAACAACGGAAAACAAAAGCUCAACAGAAAAAGGAUGCUGCAGCUAAGCUGAAGUCCAAUCAAAAAACCCAGGCUGUGGUGAAUGCACGUAUGAUUGCAAGUUUGAAGAGCGGAAAAACAAUGUCAGUGUCUUUUUGCUCUGACUACAUGGUUUGGUCUUUAAGUUAG